GGAUGAUUAUGCUGUUAGAAUUCUUAUUGAUGAAUAGAGAGGACAUGAAAGUUAUUUCAAAAGCACUACCAUUACUAACAAGAAAGUCUGGGAAAUGAUAGCCAGCAAGUUGAAGAAAGAGAACCCACUCUGGCACUAUACUGGUCAGCAAUGUGAAGACAAAUUUAAGGGCCUUAGGAAACACUAUGUGAAAGCUAGAGAUGAAAAUGAGAAGAAAAGUGGCCUUCCAGUUGCUACAUGCAAGUUUUAUAAAGAAAUGGAUAAUGCUCUUGGUGACAAGCCAGCUGUGAAACCUGUGUCCAUAGCUUCAACAUUAAGAAAGCAUAAAUCGAUAGAUACUACAUAUUCUUCAAAUGUAGUUUCUGUGUGCUUAAACAGCAGCAGUAAAGACGACAGUGAACGUGACUCUACUCUUAAAUCCAAAAAGAGAAAGAAAAAUGUCACUAAGAAAAAUAUCGAAAGAUUACUUACCACAAAAAAAAAGAAGUCUAAUAAAAAAAAAGAUGCUUGACAGAAGAGGCACACUGAGCGUAUGGAACGACAGGAUAGUGCUAUUGAGAUUUAUCAAAAUGUAAUAAACCGACUCUUGGAAAAGUUAUAUAGUUAACUUAUUACCAGAGCAUUUGAUUACUUUUGUAAACGUGGACUAUUAGAAGGAUAAAGGAGAUCUGUGAUGAAAGAUUAUGUGACGUUAUGCAAUUCUCAAGCUAGUCUAAG